UAUACAUUGAAAUAGAGAUUGUAAACAGGUAGGUCCCAGUGAAGGUGCUUCUGAGUUGUGGACUUUUGGAGUCUCCACGUGACACAAACUCAAGUUCCUCUUUUAAGCAGCUUUAUGCAAAGCUUCAUUUAUUUAUUCUCUUGUUAGUCGCCAUCCUUCUAAAGUAUCUCCAAUGAAGCAUCAAAUUCUCUUGUUUUUCUUUGUUCUCAUUCUUUCUUCUUUCUUUGCUUCUGCUCGUUUUCUUGUACCCCCAAAUGGUUCAAAACAUGGUGAAAAGGAAUUGAAGGUCAUUGGUAUAACAUCAAGCGAAAUGACAGAAGAUAUGGAAGAAUUGAUGGGAUUAGAGGAGUGUUUUGAAAAGGAUGAAGAAUGCUCUAGCAGAAGGAUGAUUGCAGAGGCUCACUUGGAUUAUAUCUACACCCAACACCACAAGCCUUGAAUCAGUUCAAAUGCGGUGUUUUAAUUGCGCAUGAGUACUAAUUAAAACAAUAAUAAAGUAUUAAAUCUGAAAUAUAAAUGAAAAGUGUAUCCGAGUUCUGUGUACAUUUGAGGUUCAAGAUGUGAAGGUUGAUGAAAAUGUAUGUUUCUCAAUUAUAUCAGGUAUCUACAUAUAGAUGUUGAAUUAGUCACACUUUUCAAGAUGUAAACACAUUUAUGCCUUUACAUAGUACCCUACUAAAAUGUGUUUUAAAGUUCGCACAUAGCACAAACUGCUUAAUGGAGAAUAGUGCUUCUAGGUUCUACCUCUGCUUAAUUGCUUCAAUAAAACUGCUUAAUGGGGAACAUAGUCUAUGUUCUACGCAGAAA